AUAAUCCCGCUUCGACAGGAAAGUCCUCCCAUUCUGCCUUAACUGCUGCCAGUGGAACUUCAGGUGAUCGUCUUACCGGAAAAAAUCCCGAUCGCCAAGAUGGGUUGUGCUAUAGGAACUAUCCGUUACAUCCUUUUCUUCUUCAACUUCCUCUUGGCGCUGUUGGGGUUAGCCAUAUGCGGCACAGGAGUAUAUGUGAUGUAUCAGAAAGACUCGACUUUCAGCGUCGUGUCGCAGGGAAAUGUGGUCAACGUUUCCAACUUGAACACGCCAACGAUGGUGGUCGCGAUCGUUGGGGCUUGCAUCUUCAUCUUCGCCUUCUUCGGGUGUUGCGGAGCGCUGCGGGAGAGUCAUUGCAUGAUCAUCACGUACGCAGUGAUGCUGAUGACUCUCUUCGCAAUACAAGUUGUACUGGCCGCGAUCAUCUACUACUUUCGCAGUAAGGCUCAGGAUUUCGUGAACGAAAAAGUCAGCAAGGCCUAUCUGGAUUACCAGACCCCGAACACUAAGGAGUGGAUCGACCAGCUGCAGACCCAACUCAAGUGUUGCGGCUCCACUGACAACAGAACUCCUUGGAUCACGUUGGGAAUUCAACCUCCGUCCUCUUGCUACCCAGAUAAUGACACGGCCAAGCCGAUCUUCACCGAGGGGUGUGACCCCGCCCUGAUUGACCUGGCGGAAAGCACACUUAGCACCACGGGUGCAAUUGUCAUCAUCGUCGCUGUUGUACAGGUGGUCGGCAUCAUCUUCUCGCUAUGUCUGGCCAGCUCACUUCGUCACCACUCGAAGCAUCGAGGUUAUGCCUAGCCUUCUUCUAGGGCAGGCAGGUAAAUCAAUCGCUUGUCUCUUCAUUUAAUCGAACACAUCACGUUUAACCCAACUGAGAGUUUUAUUUACCAUGUAAAAGCUUUUUUUAAGUAUAUAGAGGUCUAUUUUUUA